UGAAUUGUUGCGGAGCUUUAGGUGCGAGGAUGGGGAAACAGAAAAGGAAGUGAAUUGAAUUUGUCACCCUUUUGCGCAGGCGCAACCUCACGAGCAACCGUAGACAGAAGGCGAAGGCGUGUUACGUCAUUCUUCGUCUCUGAAGACCAUAUAAAGGGUUCGGCGCCGGGCCAAUGAAAGAGGGUGCGGAGUGAGGGGCAAGCUUUCUGAUUGGUCUGGCUUAUCGUGACGCGAGGACGUUGAGGGAGGGAAGUCGCGCGCCUGACGUGUCAUUGGGCGGUGAGGUUUGAAGACAGCCUUGCCGCGCGGUCCUGAUUGGCCGAAAGGCCAAGGCUUGUGCUCCGUUCGUUUGCUCCCUCGCUCGCGCUCUGCUUAUGUGAGGGGGAGGAGGAGGAAGAGGGGAAAAGGGCCUGGACGUUGAUGCCGACCCAAGGAAGAAACGGGGCCUAAAGCAGAGGAAGAGGAAGAAGCGGCAGCGGUGAAGGAGGCCACGGGCGGAGGAGAGGGGGUCGCUUGUCUGUCUCGUUCGUGCGCCUGCCUGUGGUUGAUUCCUUCCCCAUCGGUCGGCCGCGUCUGAGAGGAAAUCGGAUGGCGGCAACAUCCGGGGCCUCCGGGGCGGCGGUCGUGGCGCCAGCGGCGGUCGUUGGAGGCGGAUCCGGCGCCGCCGCUCCGGCUCUCUACGCCUGCACCAAGUGCAACCAGCGCUGCCCUUUCGAGGAGCUCUCCCAAGGACAGCAGCUCUGCAAGGAAUGUCGCAUUGCUCAUCCUAUGGUAAAAUGUACUUAUUGUCGAUCAGAGUUUCAACAAGAGAGCAAAACUAACACAAUAUGCAAGAAAUGUGCCCAAAAUGUGAAGCAAUUUGGAACGCCAAAACCUUGUCAGUACUGUAACAUAAUUGCAGCUUUUAUUGGCACAAAAUGCCAACGCUGCACAAACUCAGAAAAGAAAUAUGGACCACCUCAGACAUGUGAACAGUGCAAGCAGCAAUGUGCUUUCGACCGCAAAGAGGAGGGAAGAAGAAAGGUUGAUGGGAAGCUGUUGUGUUGGCUCUGCACACUGUCCUACAAGAGAGUACUACAGAAGACCAAGGAACAGAGGAAGAGCUUAGGGUCUUCACAUUCUAAUUCCUCCUCCACGUCUCUUACUGAAAAAGACCAGCAUCAUUUGAAACACCACCAUCAUCACCGUCAUCACCACCACCACCACCGUCACAGCACUGGCCAUCACAAAAUCAGCAGUCUGAGUCCAGAGCAAGAUCAGGGAUUGUGGAAACAGAGCCAUAAAUCCUCUGCAGCUAUUCAGAAUGAAACUCCAAAGAAAAAGCCCAAAAUGGAAUCCAAGCCAUCUAAUGGAGAUAGUAGUUCUAUAAAUCAGUCAGCAGACAGCGGAGGUACUGAUAACUUUGUCCUCAUAAGUCAGUUGAAAGAAGAAGUGAUGUCACUGAAACGUCUCUUGCAGCAAAGAGAUCAAACAAUUCUGGAAAAAGAUAAAAAGUUGACAGAGCUGAAGGCAGACUUUCAGUACCAAGAGUCCAAUUUGAGAACAAAGAUGAACAGUAUGGAGAGAGCUCAUAAGGAAACUGUAGAACAGCUACAGGCAAAAAACAGAGAGCUACUCAAACAGGUUGCAGCAUUAUCGAAAGGCAAGAAGUUUGAUAAGAGUGGAAGUAUGCUGACAUCUCCAUGAAGAGCUGGCUGUUUGCAUGGGUGUUAAUAUUCAAAAGGACGCCUAGGCAAGAGCAGAACUUGCCUGGGAGCUGGGCCAAUUUGCAUCAAGAAAAAAACUGUCAACAUCAUCAAUAUUCCAGCAGCAACUAGUUUGGAAACAGAAACUGAGCACUGGAUACCUGACAGUUGCGCAUUAUCUUUUGGUCAAAAUAAGAGUACAUUAAAUAUUAAAAUCAUGGUGCUUUUAUGACAAGAAGCUUAAACCUAUAAAUAUAUGUAAAAGAAUUUUAACAGUUUUAUUCUUAGUGAUAAGUAGUGUUUUACAUUUCUUGUGAUAGAAAUUUAAAGAGAGAUUCCCUAUUGUAAGUAACGGAACGAAAUGUGUUUUUUGCAAAUUUACUGUAGACUUUUUCUCUUGCAAGUGCCUUUUCUCUCAACUGUUUAUUUAUAGGGAAGUUGGUAUUUUGUAUAUAAGGUUUUUCUUUUGUUUUUGUUUUUUAAAUCAUGUUUAAAUGUUCCUGUGUGUAUGUAUAUAAAUAAAUGUAUGUACAGAAUAAUCAAAUGUUAAGAUUGGAGUUGUUGGGAUGCUAGAGAAGGUGCUAAGAACUGGCAGGCAAUGAUUAUUGGCUGUACAUAAUUGUAACAGGUUUGGCUGUGUAGAGUGUUUGUCUUAACUCAUGUUGUGCCUAACUUAAUUUUCCCUGCACACUAAACUGUAGGGCUUCUGAAAUAUUUCUCCUUUUAUCUCAGUGCUAGUUUGCACUGUAUUUUUGGUGGUAUAUUCUAAAUUGAAUGAUGCAGGAACAGUAUUUGAGAUAAUGAAACUCUUCAACUAUUUCUUUUAAUAAUAUUUCAUUGUAACUUUAUGCCUUUUUAAAUUACUAGGAUAGUAUGCCCUUUUAUUUCUACACAGUGAAAAACAGCAGCCCACACCACAAGCUUUACAUUGCUAAAGGCAUAGUCACACUCUCGUUCCGUUCUAUGACAGAUAACCCAGGAGCGAAAAGAAAUGGCCCUGGAAAAGCUCGCACAAUGAACAAAAACACCGGCCACAGAGAUCGCAUAACCCUCACUGGCCUCGUUGUCUAUGGGCCAGACAUGUUCUCAGGUGGGAUCAGUGCAGGCUGAAGCAUCAUGUGCAUGAUAGGAAUUUGAUGAGCCUAAGCAAAAGGUCCCAGUCCCCAGUAAAGAGCCAGGCAGUGGCAUUUACACUGCCUUAUGUGGAACUACGGGAUUCCAUGGAACCUUAACAAUGGCAUAUAAGGUUGCCUAAAAGAGGGUUGCCCAUCACUGCUGAUGUCGAUCUGCACUACACAGCUGCAGGAAUGUAUUGCAUACGUUCUAAGCGCACUUGUUGAAUACUAAGGACCCUAAAGUCUGGUCAGCAUUGCAUAAGCCGGUUUUGUACCCCUAGAACAUGUGCGUACCCCAUAAAAGUUCUGUAUCAGCUAGGCAGAAGUUCCUCAGCCAACACAUCAGUGUGGAAACCAAUAUGUGAAAGUGGGAAGUUUGAGAGCCACUGUCUUGAAGAGAAUGAUGGGUGGUGUUCUAAUAUAUAUAUAUAUAUAUCUCCUCAAAAAUAAGAUUUCAAUUUUUUAAUGUUCCCUUUGGGAUGAAUUAUUAGAAACUCAGCUCACUCCAGAAAACAUGGUUUCAUCCACUUAAGAAUAACACUGUUUUUCCAUAAAAUGGAAAUCCUAUUUGAUUCAAAGGUGCUCAAGUUAAUAUCAUAGGAAUAACGUGCAUUUGUUAGCAUUAAUGUGUUGUUUUUGGACCUCCAGCUACCUGAAGAUUGGGAGGAUUUGUUCCCAACAGACUACUGAAUAAUGUAAUUUGAAAGAAAAAAAGCUGCUUUCUACAAUAUUGAGGAUUUUUUAAUUUUUUGUACACUAGAUGAACUUUGUAAAUUUAUAAAUUUUAUUUGAUUAUCUUACCUUAACAUAACACAGCUAGGGUAGAAUAUACUGCUGCUAUCCUACUGGACUGUAUAGUCACUGAGAAGCUUGGUUUUCUUAAUUACUGAUGCGCAUUUCAAAGUAUUUUGAUACUUUUUCCAGUUGAAUGGCUGCCUGCCACUGGUGGAUUUGGUUUUUUAAAGACAAAAACUGGUCAGAACUCUUCAUAUGAAUCUGAUUCACUUUCUGAUCAAAUCAUUCUCAUUGAAACCUGCUUAUGCUGCAACAGGAACAUUCUAGAGAACAAGACCCAGCAUUUUGAUUUUUAACUACCAGAGCUUUUCAGUAUGAAAGCAUUUAGGGACUUCACAGUGUUUAAAGAGAAAUAGUUUUAAAAAAUAAAAUAAAAAAUCAGAACCUCUCUUUCACUUGUGAGUUUCAAAGGCUAGGAACCAGCAAGUGAAAUCCUGGAGUUGUAGGCUGUUUUCACAAUGAACUUUGUUUUUUAUGUAGACUUUCAGGGUGAUACAUUGUAUUAUAAUGUGCAUUUAAGUCAGUUUUUCAAUUGUUAAUUAGCAUUGAACAAUACCUUUCACUUGGGGUUGAGUUAUUUAUGUAUUUUAAGCCUGUGAAUAUUGCAGUUCCUUUUUAAUGAUAAUGUCUUUGUCCAUUCUGAGGUGAAGCUCUUCAGCUUGCUAUAUGUGUAUAUACUAUUGAAAUUCUGUACUGGCACACAUUUGACAGUUGACAUUUUUGUACUUUUUUCUAAAUUCAAUAUUUCACAA